UAUAAUAAAAUGAAAAGACCAAAACACCCACCAGCCCACAACGAAUAUUAGGCUGUAAUGCAGCAACACAUCGGACUAUCGCAGGCUCAAACCCACGUCUCCCUUUUCCGCCUUCAUAGACGCACCACAUCUCCGAGAAAAACAAAAGAAAUGACGGACAAUCCGAAUAGAACCGAAGCAGAACGGCUGCUAGGAAUCGCCGAGAAGCUUCUAGGAUCGCGAGACCUCAACGGCUCACGUGAGUUCGCGAUAUUGGCCCAAGAAACCGAACCCCUUUUAGAAGGCUCAGAUCAGAUCUUAGCGAUCUUCGAUGUGCUUAUCGCCGCCGAAAAGCGCGUCAACAACCACCACGACUGGUAUUCCAUCUUGCAAUUGGACCGGCGGUCUGACAACGAACUCAUCAGGAAGCAGUACCGCAGGCUAGCCUUGCUCCUCCAUCCGGACAAGAACAAAUUCUCCUUCGCAGAUCAGGCUUUCAAAUUAGUUGCAGAUGCGUGGGCGGUCCUAUCGGAUUCGUCAAAGAAGAUGUUGUAUGAUAGUGAAAUGUCUCUGUUUUCGAAGAUUGAUUUGUCUAAUCAACCGAAGUUGCCAGUCCGGAAAAGCCAGAUCCAACGCCCAACCAGUGCUAGAAAGACUAGCGCUCAAUCUGCGAGGAAUAAGCAAACCGCUUGCCAAAACAACCACGAGGAUCAGCGGAUGAGAUUGUCGAAUUUCUGGACAAUUUGUCCUUACUGUUACAAUCUGUACGAGUACCCAAGGGUUUACGAGGGAUGUUGUUUGAGGUGCCAGAAUUGUCAGAAGGCUUUUCAUGCGGCGUUGGUUUCAUCUUUGCCGCCGUUUGUACCGGGGCAGGAGGCUUAUUACUGCUGCUGGUCGUUCUUCCCCCUCGGAUAUACUUUGGAGACUCCGGAGAACGUAGGGAAGACUACAGCAAAAGCAGUUGCAGGAUUUCCCAAUUGGAUGCCGCCAAUGUUCGCAGGUGAACAAAACGGCAGUGAUAAAAAUGGUGGUGGUGGUGGCACGGCGGCAGCGAUCCUGGAUGGAAGGGAAGCCACGACGGAAGCUUCUGCCACCAAGAAAAGGGGAAGGCCCCGCAAGAAUGCCGCUUGAAGGUGAAGGCAGUAGAUUUGUUGUGGUACACAGAGCAUUGGAGAGAGCCUGCAUCUUCUUCGUUGGUGCUGGCUGAACUUGGGUAAAUUGUAGUUACUGUUGUUGCAUUUGCAUUGCUAUAGUUAUUAUUGUUUUCGUUCAGGAAUUUGACUGGAAGUGACUGGGCCAUAGUUGGACAUGUAAUUUAACAUUGUAGUUUGUAGCAAUUGUAGUUUGUAGCAAUGUAAUUGGGGCAGAGUUUUUGAGCUUUGCUUUAUAGAAUUUUAGCUUGAACAUAUUGAA